UAAGAUAAAAUAAUGAAUUAAUUAGCCCAUCAAUUGAGAUUUGGCCACCGUGUCCCUACGACAUGACUUUCCCCUUCCUUCGUCUUGUUCAGAAAUUGCUUUGACUUUUUUUAUCAUUCUCUGGGUUGCUUUCGUAUUUCACAAUUGGGUUGGAAAGCAGUGUUUCACCAACUGGGUCGGCUUUGGAGUUCUGUAAUUUUCAGGAAAGGGAUUGAUUUUGGCGUCUAGAUCUGCGAAAUCGGAGCAUUUGCAACUGGGUUUUGGUUUUGGAGGGAUAGUUUCGUGCAAGUUCUGAGUUUGUGUUGUUGCAGAGAGAAGAUAUGAUGAAGAGGGGGAAAGAUGAUGAGAAGACUAUGGAACCGAUGUUCCCUAGGCUUCAUGUCAACGAUAAAGAUAAAGGAGGACCAAGAGGGCCCCCAAGGAACAAGAUGGCCCUUUAUGAACAGUUCAGUAUUCCAUCCCAGAGGUCCAUAAGCAAGGGAGACGACCAUCAAAAGAGUCCUGUGUAUCCCCCACUUCACCUAAAUCAUUCCACACAUCGAGCUGAAGAGUCGUAUUCCGGCUAUUCUAACUACAAGUCCUCAUCAACUCAAGUUGAGCAAAAAAGGAAGUUGGUUGAAGAGGACUUUACUGUUCCUAUCUUUUUUCAGUCAGAAAUAGGUCAGGAUCAUCGGAAACAUUCUAAUGGCAUGGAUAGGGAAAAACUCUCUUCUUUCAGUCCAACUUAUUCGAGUUCCAUGAAAGUUCAAAAUUCCAGCCAUAGAGAGCCAAAACGAGCCAGGUCACCGUUACACAACAGUAUGUGUGAGAACGAUGUGUCAAAUGAGCAUGUAAGGGGUGUUGAUAAUGGACUUCAGUCCAACCCAGGAAAAGAUUCUUUUCCAGAAGAGCUGGGAAGUCCUAAUAGCUCCACUUCUGAUAGUGUCAGUCAUGAAGAUGAGACAUGUGGGUCAUUGAUUAGAGGAAAUGGGGAUAGAAGUGAUGAUGCUUCUGAGAUUUCCAUGGUGGAUUCUAUUACAGGCUUGGAUAUAUGCCCUGAUGAUGUUGUGGGGGUUAUAGGUCAGAAACAUUUUUGGAAAGCGAGAAGAGAAAUUGUCAAUCAACAAAGAGUGUUUGCAGUUCAAGUAUUUGAGUUGCAUAGAUUGAUAAAGGUUCAGAGAUCAUUUGCUGGAUCACCACAUCUUUUGGUCGAAGAUGGUGCUUAUUUGGGAAAGCCCUCAAAAGGUUCCUUUGCAAAGAAACUUUCAUUGGAGUUCAUCAUUAAACCAUCGCCAAAUACUGUGAAACAUAAAGAUGAUUCUAAUAAACCAAGUCAUAAUAUGGAAUGCUCCGCUGCAAAUGCUGAUGGAAAGACCCCUUUUUCUUCGGUCCAAAAUGAAUGUCAAGCUUCAAGUUACAAACCACUAUCGACGCCGUUUGUUUCUGAUGCCAAAACUAGUCCUUGGGGUUUCCAUCAACCACCUGGCCGACAAUGGCUAAUUCCCGUAAUGUCCCCAUCCGAAGGACUAAUAUACAAGCCAUAUAAUCCUGGACAGGGAUUCAUGAGCCCUCUUUGCGGAGGUUGUGGUCUUCCUCCGGGAACAAAUCCGAUGAUGGGUAAUUUUGUAAAUCCUGCAUAUUGUGUCCCGUCUUCUCACCAUCCUUAUCAAGGUUUUGGGGUUCCUCCAUAUGGCAUGCCUUUUGUCGACGGUGCAAUUUCAAAUGUUGUAAAGCCGCAUGCAAAUGUUGUAAAGCCGCAUGCAACUAAAGAAAGAAGUGAGUUGCAAGGCAUUAGCACGGCAAGUAGUCCUACUGUUGGAGGAAGAGGAAUUACGGUGAGUCCCACCACAGGAGGAAGAAAUGCGCUGCCUCAUUUCCUUACUUCUCAAGCAGUUCAUGUCCCUGCGGAAGCCCCUCAACUCCACGUUACUGAUAAGCCGGCAAGAGUGAUAAAAGUUGUGCCUCGCAAUGCUAUGUCUGCGACUGAAUCAGUGGCUCGAAUUUUUCAGUCUAUACAAGAAGGAAGGAAACAGGGUGAUUCUGUUUAGAUCGGGUAAAGCAGAACCGUCCCCCAGGUGUUCACGAGAUCAUCCAAAUUGGUGUGAUGCUUCCUUUUUUUCCAAAUAAACUUUUUUGGUGUAAUGUUUUACAACUGCUUUCUGCUUACUGAUUACUGAUUACUGAACUUCUCAUGUGAUAAUAGAGUCUAUAAUGUUUCAGGU